AUGGCAGGCAAAACAGGGAGAACCUGGCUGGACUGCAAAAAUCCCCAGAUGGCAGAUGAUUUCUUAAGACGGGCUCGCAAUAGCCUGGAAACCCUAUACAGCCAACUAAUGUCCAGAGGUGACACAUCAGCUGACAUCACCUCAUCCAAGACAGAUGUGGAGAAGGACCUAAUUCGAAUCCUGAUGUGCCAGGCACAUUCUGCUAUAAUUCAAGGAAAUAACCAAGAGGCGGUGGUCCACGUUCAGCGUUGUAAAGAUAUGUUGCUGCGUCUACCACAAGAUACAGCAUACGUCUCCCUUUUGUGCUACAACUUUGGAAUCCAAAUAUACAAUCUGAAGAAGUUUGAAGACAGUGCAUUCUGGUUGAGCCAAAGCUAUGACAUUGGAAAAACAAACGUGAAAUACGGCCCUGGAUCUGACGUUCUGGCAAAGGUUUUGCGGCUCCUUGCCCAUGUUUAUUUAGAGUGGGACUGUCAGAGGUUUCAGGAAAAGGCUCUGAACACUAUCGAAUUAGCUAACAAGGAAUGUGUGAGCGUGUAUGGGCUGCACUUAAGAAUCAGAGUCCUCUUGAGAUGUCGCGCUCUGGAUGAUCCAAUCAGAGCAGGACUUAACGAGAUGCUGGAAUCUCCGGUUAACCUUGAAGCAUGUACUUCCACAGUGAACCUACUCAUGUCUGAAGACAGGGAAGUGCUGGCAUUUGAGUUUUUGAAACGUGUGUGUCAGCGCUUUGAGUCAUCUCCUGACCUGGGAACUGCUCUUGUCCUGAAUAUUGAGCUACUGCUUCAAAAAGGCAAAGAGCUGCUCUGCAAACAGAAGAUAGAAGAUACCAUUACCGGCCACUAUACUGGAAAACAACUGGCUCCACAGGCACUCGCGCAUCUGCAUACCAUACUGUGGGAUCAAGCAUCAAAAAACUUUGAGGCCAGUAACUAUUCUGAAGCUCUCCAGUGGUAUAACUAUUCCUUGAGUUUCUUCAAAGCAGGUCAAAUGGAGCCCAACUUUGCCAAACUGCAAAGAAAUAGAGCAUCUUGCUUCCUGCAACUCAAACUGUUGGAAAAGGCUAAAGAAGCCGUUAAAGAAGCAGAGAGAUGUGAUCCUGAUAAUGUCUUCACUCAGUUCAGUGUCUACAGGAUUGCUGUGCAAGAGAGCAAUGUGGACAAAGCUGCAGAGGCAUUGAGCGCGAUGGCACAUCUUUCCAAGAGUCCAGUAUUGAGAGAGGACAGACUGAUGGUAUCUGAGAAAGCAGCUUCUAAUCUCCUCAGUCUGGCUGCCCAGAUUGCUCUGGAGAACGGGCAGCAGGAAACCGGCAUGAAGGCACUAGAGGUUUUGUGCGAAAGCUCCAGUGAUGAUGCUCAGGUUCUGAAUGGUCUGAGGUGUUUGGUCCGACUAGUGCUCUCCACAACAGAACAAGCUAAUGAUGAGCGGAGUAACGUGAAUCUGGAAGUGCUGCUGCCAUACUUAAAAAUGGCGCUGCAGAGACUUUGCCACCAGUCUCACGUGCCUUCUGAGGAACACACAGAGGGAGCGACCUGGUUCAGAAAGAUCGCUUGGAACUCAGCUCUGCAGUGUGAGAGCAGUCCAGGCCGAAUGAGAGAUUUCUUUGUGCUCUCUUACCAGCUCUCCCUGCUGUGCCCUGCUGACCGCACGCUGCUCAUGGCUCAGAGGACUUGCCUGCUAAUGGCUGCCGCUGCCUCGUUGGAGCUCUGCAGGACGUCUCCUCACUCUGCACAGACGGAGCAGCUAACCCAGGCUCUGGAGCUCAUUCAGACAUGUUGGGAGGUUUGGAAAACACUGAAAGCAUCAGAAAACUUUCCAGGUGACCAGACAGAGUCAAUGCUGUUGUUGUAUGAAUUUGAAGUCCGUGCUAAACUGAAUGACCCAAACGUUGAAACGAUACUGGAUUCUGUCCUGGGGCUUGAACAUGUUGAAGCCAAAGUAUUGGAAGCCAUGGCAGCCUUGGCCAUGGAGCCUCCAGCUCACUUCCCUCUGCUGUGCAGGAAGGCCCUGCGGGUGGCUCUCUCUCUGCACAAGAAGCAACCGCAGCCUGACUUGGCCCACUGCAGCAAGUGUGUUCACACAUUGAUCAAGAUGUCCCUCCCAAACGGAGUGUCGGAGCUGGAGGCCCGUGUGCUGGCGGAGGUGUGGGACUACUACGAGGAGGCUCUGUCCAUCAUCAGAGCCGCACCGGAUGCCUCUACGGAGAUGGAGACCUUGUGGCUGCUGACUCGGGCCUGGAACACGGGGAUACUGCUGUACAGCUUGGCUCAGUACCCAGAAGCUGAGAAGUGGUGCGGCCUUGCCAUGAGCUUCGUCCACCAUCUGGGAUCCCUGCUGGAGAGCUACGAGAUGCAGAUGUCUGGCCUCUACAGUGAGAUCUUGGACAGAUUGGACAAAGCAAAGAGAAACAACAUUAUUGAAGGAUAG